AUGUCUAGUCUUACACCACAAGCCCGAGCAAAGCUGCCCGAACAAUCAGAAACUCAGUUUCAGAAAUCCUAUGAAAGCGCCUACUCAGUCGAUUCCGUUGUGCCUUGUCGGAUGUCGGUAUCGACUAGUCAAAGAGACAGCUAUGCAAGCGGGCAAAGUCAAGACACCAUAGAAUAUCGUCCUUUGAGCUUUGAGAAACGGCUCUUCAUGAGCAAAGUGUAUAUGAGAAGUUCUAAGAACGUGACGAUCAAAGAGCUCUCUAAGGCAGAUUUGUUCUCCAAGUGA